UUAGAACCUUAAAGACUAAAUGAGAUAGGUAGAAGAACUCCAUUAGAGGUUUAGCAAUUAGCAGCCAUGGAGAUUCAGCAAUUUUCACCAUUUACUAUCACACCUUGCCAUUUUCACCCAAUUCCAAACUCUAACCACCACCCAGUUCUUGUUUCCCCAUUGAAACAGCAAAGAAAUUUGCUAAAACUAAGCCCUCUUUUUUGUUCUUCUUCUCAUAGCAAUCCUGUUGUGCAAGACCCAAUUUUGCAACAAGGGAAUGGUUCUUUGGGGAAAAGCAGAGAUACCCAUUACAAGAAUUCAAGAAAAAAGAGGGUUUUUUUCUUGGAUGUUAAUCCUAUUUGUUACAAAGGAAGUAUUCCUUCUUUGCAAUCUUUUGCUCAUUGGAUUUCCAUUUUCUUCUCUCAAGUUAGCCUCACUGAUCCUGUUAUUGCUGUUAUUGAUGGAGAAAGAGGUAAUGAGUAUAGAAGGCAGUUGUUACCUUCCUAUAAAGCAAGUAGGAGGAAAUACUGGCAUCAGUUGCAAGGUGCAGUAAAAUCUCCACGGAGUACGAUUGAAAGGUCACAUAGGCUCAUCUUGGAUGUUCUUCAGAGCUGCAAUGUUCCUGUAGUUAAGAUUGAAUCACAUGAAGCAGAUGAUGUUAUAGCCACACUUGUAGAACAGGUUCUACAAAGGGGGCACCGAGUUGUGGUUGCCUCUCCUGAUAAAGACUUCAAACAACUGAUAUCUGAUGAUGUUCAAAUUGUCAUGCCAGUACCAGAGUUCAAUAGAUGGUCCUUUUACACCUUAAAACACUAUGUGGCACAGUACAAUUGUGAUCCGAGAUCUGAUUUGAGCCUGAGGUGCAUACUGGGCGACGAGGUUGAUGGUGUUCCUGGAAUCCAGCAUGUUGUUCCUGGUUUUGGUCGAAAGACUGCUUUGAAGCUUUUGAAAAAGCACGGUACACUGGAGAAUUUACUUAAUGCUGCUUCAGUAAGAUCAGUGGGCAGGCAGUAUGCACAAGAUGCCCUUAUCAACAAAAGAGUUAUUCAGUAUCCAAGCCCCUUUCAUAGCUUCCUACUUCUAACUAUUGUAAAUGGAAUGACACUAAAAGGGAUGUCAGUAUCCAUAUUGAGGAGCAAUGGCUUAAUGAGAGGGAUGCGCGUAAUGACUCACUUGUUUUAUCCAACUUCGUCACUUCGCUGGAAGACAGUAGGAAUCUUAAUUUGGAAAAGAGAUCGCAUUCCAUUGGUUGAAAUUGCCAGAAGAAAGCAUUUUUUGUGUAAGUUAUAAUGUAAGCUCUACAACCUGAAGAACAAAGAUCUUGAUGCUUCAGCAGAAGUAUCAAACUAAACCAAUAGACGAUUACCGAACUUAGCCAGAAGAUUUGAUCAGAUGAACCGGACUGAAUCAGAAUAUCCAAAUUCACAAUAGAAGCAUACAGUAGAAAACUUAGCUAUUAUUCCUCUUGGACGAAUCACUAAGGAAGAGACUUCUGAGGUCUAAAAUGUACAGAAACUUUUGAAAUCUCUAAUUUAGAAGAGCAAAAUGCAGAAGGAAUUGAAGAUUCCUUGGAGGAUAUAGAAAGCAACAUGAAUGCAGUUGUAUCUUUUGUUCCUCAACUAGGUGAGCAAGAAUUAAGAGAGCCUUACAUCGGUAUGGAAUUUCAAUCACUUGAUACUGGAUUUAAAUUUUAUCUUGAUUAUGCUCAUCGUAAUGGUUUUAGUGUGCGCAAAAAUCGAAUUAGUAGAUCAAGAAAAGAUAAAUUCAUUAUUGGUCAAGAGUUUGUUUGUUCAAAAGAAGGAUUUCGUUUAAAAAAAUGUAACCAAGCAUGCAAUUGUGAUUAAAUCAUGGGCCGUAUUUAAUAGUGUUUGAUUUUGUUUGCUUACUCUUAUAAGUUUGAAUAUGUUGAUUUUGUUGCACUUUAUGUUUCUGGAAUAGUUUCAUAUUAAUAUUUUGCUAGCAUUGCUUCAAUGGCAACAAGUACCGGUUCUUAUAAAAAAAAAUAAUAUGUUGGCAAUGAUUUUCUU